AUGUCUGACGAAGAGAUGGCACAUAAAAGAAAAAGAGAGAUUGAAGGUAGUGAAGAGCAAGAAGAAGGGGAUUCGUGCUCAAAAUACUUUAAUCUCGUAGAUGAUGUUGAUAUUGGACCAGCUCUACCUACAGCCGAUGAUAUUCCUAAAAAGAAAAAGCGAGUUUUACAGCACGAGAAAUUAUAUUUGGAGCGUCUUCCUUCGGCUGAUAUGUACGAAAGAAGUUACAUGCAUCGUGAUGUUCUGAAUUACGUGGCUGUUACAAAAACUGAUUUUGUAAUUACGACCUCAGUAGAUGGUCAUUUAAAAUUUUGGAAAAAGAGCGAUAAAGGAAUCGAAUUCGUCAAGCAUUUUAGAUCACAUAUGGGUGUCAUCGCGGGUAUCAGCGUUUCCGCAGAUGGCUUGCUUCUCGCGACUAUAGCAACUGACAAGGCACUUAAAGUAUACGAUGUUAUUAAUUUUGGCAUUGUCCUUGGUGGCAUGGUGAAUACCUUGUUAGCAUCAAAUUUGCCGUUCAUACAACAUUCGCUGAAUAAUCAUCUCGAAUUAUCUAGUUCAGACCAUGACUCCGGAAAUAUCUAUAUUUAUGAUGGCCGAGGUGAUGGAAAACCAUUGCACACGAUAUCAAAGAUGCAUUCCGAUCCUGUUCAUUUGAUGGCGUACAAUGAGCUAUACCAUUGUGUGGUGUCGGCCGAUGUGUCUGGAAUGGUAGAAUACUGGAAACCUGAAGAGCCGUUUGAUUUGCCCAAGACAAUUUCAUUCGAAUAUAAAUCCGACACUGACUUAUAUGAAUUCAAAAAAGCCAGAACCAUUCCGACUUCCUUGACAUUUUCUCCGGAUUAUAAACAGUUUGUCACGAUGAGCACUGGCGAUCGUCAAGUACGCGUGUUCAAGUUCGAAAGUGGGAAAAUGGUUCGAAAGUACGAUGAAUCUUUGGCGGUUAUGGUUGAAAUGCAACAGGCAGGUACAACCAUAUACAAAUUGGACGAUAUGGAAUUUGGGCGUCGUCUUGCUGUUGAGCGCGAGUUGGAAAAAACCCAACAGGCAGGAACCAUGGAUGCAGUAUUCGAUGAAAGCGGUAACUUCAUCAUUUAUCCCACAAUGUUGGGCAUUAAAGAUUAUUUAAGUGGUCAACAUUAUCUCGAACAAGGUGGCAAGAUUAAUUGGGAAAACCGAACCGCACCGCUUUCUAAAUAUGGCUUUAUACCAGGGGGCGCCAAAGAGAAAGGCAUUCGUCACGCCAUGGCAGCCUCCGAUAAUCCUUUGAUGAAGGAAAGUGAAUCAACUGAUCCGACAUUAUUUUGUACGGCCUUCAAGAGAAAUAGAUUUUUCAUGUUUACGACUCGCGAGCCCGAUGCACACGAGUCGCACAAAGGAGAUCGUGAUGUUUAUAAUGAGAAGCCAUCGCGAGAAGAACAAACGGUUGCAUCCGCAACGCCCACCAAACAGAAACUGGGGAAUACGGCGAUACUACGCACAACCUUGGGAGAUAUCCAUAUAAGACUAUUUCCUGAAUACGCGCCAAAAGCCGUUGAGAACUUCGUCACGCACUCGAAGAACGGUUUCUACAAUAAUGUGAUAUUUCAUCGAGUUAUAAAAGGGUUUAUGAUCCAAACUGGGGAUCCACUAGGCGAUGGAACAGGUGGAGAAUCAAUCUGGGGCGCUGAAUUUGAAGAUGAAUUUAAUAAAGAUCUCAAGCACGAUCGACCAUAUACCGUGAGUAUGGCCAAUGCAGGGCCUAACACGAAUGGAUCUCAAUUCUUUAUAACGGUGGUUCAAACGCCUUGGCUCAAUAAUAAGCACACGAUAUUUGGAAGAGCCACGGCAGGAAUGGACGUAAUUCACGCAAUAGAAAACGUCAAGACUGAUAAACUGGAUAAACCAUAUGAAGAUGUGAAGAUCAUUAACAUUGAAAUUCGUUGA